AAGUGUUAAAAUCAAUUAUAAUAAGAUGUUGAUAUUUUCUUGCUCUACAUUAUGGUUUAACGCAUCGUUGACAUAGCUUGUAGAUAAAUGUGGUUUAUAGUUUUAAUAUUGAUUCACUUAAGGUACGUACAUUGUAUGUUUAAGAUGGAUGAAUUUUUUGAAGUCAAUUACAGCAUCUGUGGAUGAAAACGUUAAACAUGAUGCGUUUGAGGAGAAAAUUAAUCAGAAAACUGUUGUUCGGCAUGGUACUUUUAUUCUCGGUGAUUGGAAUAUUCCAAAUACGAGAUGUUUCCGUGAGCAAACAAGCAUCAAAUACUGCAACUAAAGAUUUAAAAAUUCGGCAUGUGACUGAUUUUUUUGUCGAGCAAAUUCCAAACGGAAGGAGUAAUUCCAGGAAUAUUAGUCACAAAAUCAAGUUUCCUUUUAAGAAAUAUAAUAUAAGCGAGUCGUACCUGAUCCAGCGAUUAGAGAGAUACAGCAAUGCGUGUCGAGGGAGAGAAUUUCAAUUUGGAAGAGAAACAAAGUUUUCCAUGAAGCGUCAUUUCCGGAAAAGUUCCUCGCAUCACAUUUUGUACUGCAGCAUCGAAAAAGCAGGAUCGACAUUCUGGCGAAGGAUGUUACAGAUGCUGGAUUCAACAAACCUGAAAACGCCAUACGACAUCGCACCACUGCAUGUCAACGAGAAAUCCGUUCCGUUCGUAGAGGAAGGUCUCUACCAUGCUCUUGCGUCUUUCAAGACGAAUUUUGUUUUCGUGAUUGCCAGAAAUCCGUUCACAAGACUUUUGUCGGGAUAUCUAGAUAAAAUUUACACAGCAAAUCCUUAUUACUGGAAUUCUAUUGGCCGUUCGAUACGACCAAAUCCACAACGAGGCCGCGCCGCGUGCUAUAGUGACAUCACUUUCCAGGAAAUUGUGGAUUACGUCAUCAAUGCGGAGGGAUAUUUUAAGAAAGUCAGAGAUCCACAUUUCAUGGCAAUGCACGACAUGUGCAAGCCAUGCCAGAUACCGUACGAUUUCAUUGGCAAAAUGGAAACUUUUGACAAGGAUUUUAGUUUUCUGAUGAAAACAUGGAACGUUUCGAAUUUCGAGGGAACAGACAUGAAAAGUAUGGCGGUUGAUGAUACAUUUCUAGACGUGGCCACAUCACUCCAAGACCGAAAGAAUUCCAUUACGCCUUGCAUCAGCAUGCAUGAAGCUUACCUUCGGUCUUGGAAACAUAUGCAGAUAAAAGGACUCAUCAGUGACCACGAGAUAUAUCCUUUUGACGAAACGAAGUCUCAGAGCAUUAAACCUGUUGAUCUCAUCAAAGUUAUGAAAUCUGCUCACCUGAAAUCAAACCAAGGAGAACUAAAGAUCCAAAAAGUUAAAUAUUUUCGAGAAAUUUAUAGAACUGUUCAUUUAAAAUCUCUCAAUUUAUUAGUUCAAGCGUUGAGACCAGAUUUUGAAAUUUUUGAUUAUGACCCUUUUCCUGAGACGAUUUUUAACUCGACUUCACCGCGGUUACAGCAUACGGAUAUAUUUUUGGUUUAUAAUAAAACUAAAAUAUAA